CACCCCCCUUAAUUUUUUUUUCGUAUUAAUACAUUACUAUGAUUAUUUUUUCCCAUUGCCAACCCCCGUCUCCCCGCAGACCCCUCCUCCCGCAGAUCUCUGGGGAUGUCCCCGCGGAUCUCGGUCCCCACGGGGGGUUCCAUUUCCCGUUUCCCCCAGAGGCGUGGGGGGACCCGGGGCAACGCGGGAGGGAGGUGGGGACAGAAGGGUGAGGGCAGCGCCAGAAAGAGGAGAGAUCUCCGUAUUGGCGGCGUGUGACGGCUCAGCGAGGAAAGCCCGAAUGGGAUUAGAGGAUUUCACGGACACUCAGCGCCGAACGAAGGCAGCGAGAGGCACGGAGGAGCGGGGGGUUUUGGGGGCAUUUGGGUUCGCAAGGGUAAAGGCGGUCAUAUUUGCUCGCGGUCCGGGCAGGGCCGGGGGGGGCUGCACGCUUCACGGCGAGGGGGGGUCCGGCUGCCCGCUGCCCGCCCCGGGGCUCCCCGUUAACGGUUAACGCGUCCCGGCGGUCACGACGGCGUGAUCCGCGCCGGGCAGAACCGCGGUGCGCAUCGGCUCCGCCGUUCCCAGCUCCGUCUGUGCCGUCGGUGCGGCAGUGCCAUGGACCCUCGGGCGCUGCUGCUGCUUCUGAUGGCGGUGGCGGAGCCGGCGCUGACCCAGAGCGCGGCCGACGAUGCGGCGACCGCCUUCGGGGCCGCCCCGUCGAGGCCCGCCGCAUUCCAUCGGGCCGCCAAGGCGGCGUGGCGGCUGCCCGGGCGCUACGUGGUGCUGCUGCGGGCGGGCAGCGGUGAGACCGAGGUGCGCGGCACGGCGCGGGCGCUGCGGGUGCGGGCGGCACGGCGCGGGUACCCGAGUGAGAUGCUGCACGUCUUCAGUCUGCUGCCCGCCUUCCUGGUGAAGAUGAGCGGCGACGUCCUGGACGUGGCACUGAGGCUUCCGCAUGUGGACUAUGUAGAGGAGGAUGCGUACGUCUUCGCACAGAGCAUCCCCUGGAACCUGGGCAGGAUCGUACCACCACUGCCCAGCACAGGCACCUACAGCCCUCCCAAUAAAGGUGACAAGGUGCAGAUCUACCUGCUGGACACCAGCGUGCAGAGCACCCACCGGGAGAUUGCAGGCAGGGUGUUCAUCACCGACUUCCAGAAUGUCCCUGAGGAGGACAGCAGCCACUUCCACAGGCAGGCCAGCAAAUGUGAGAGCCAUGGGACCCACAUGGCUGGGGUGCUGAGCGGGCGCGAUGCUGGUGUGGCCAGGGGUGCACACAUCCACAGCCUCCGUGUGCUGAACUGCCAGGGGAAGGGCACUGUCAGCGGGACACUCAUUGGGCUGGAAUUUGUAGGGGCAUCGCUGGACGCUCAGCCCAGCCCGCUGCUGGUGGUGCUGCUGCCCUUUGCCGGUGCCCACAGCCGUGUGCUGAACGCCGGCUGUCGGCAGAUGGUGCAGAUGGGGGCGGUGGUUGUUGUGGCUGCUGGGAACUACAAGGAUGAUGCCUGCCUGUAUUCACCUGCGUCCGAGCCAGAGGUGAUCACGGUUGGGGCCACAAACCGUGAGGAUCAGCCGGCCUCCAUCGGCACGCUGGGCACCAACUUUGGCCGCUGUGUCGACCUGUUUGCCCCAGGGGACGACAUCAUCGGUGCCUCCAGUGGCUGCAGCACCUGCUUCACCGCGCAGAGCGGCACGUCGCAGGCAGCUGCACAUGUGGCAGGCAUUGCAGCCAUGCUGCUCAGUGCCGAGCCCCACCUCAGUGUGGCGGAGCUGCGGCAGCGCCUCCUGCACUUGGCCACCAAGAACGUUGUCAGCAAGGCCUGGUUCCCCGAGGAGCAGCGGCUGCUGACACCCAGCAGUGUGGUGGGGCUGCCUGCCCAGCUGGGUCCAGGUGAGGGCUGGGGGAUGGCAGAGCCUGAAACGUGCUGCGGGCCUUGCGCCGACACCUCUCACCCCAUUGCAGAUAAGGAGCUGCAGUGCCGCUCGGUGUGGUCGGCACGCUCAGGGCCCACCCGGCAUGGCACAGCUGUGGCUCGCUGUGCCGGCACCGAGGAGCUGCUGGGCUGCUCCAGCUUCUCACACAGCAGCUGGCGGCUGGGCGAGCACAUGGAGGACAAGGAGGGGCAGAAGCAGUGCGUGGCCCACGGCGCCUUUGGGGGCCGAGGGGUCUACGCCAUUGCCAGGUGCUGCACGUGGCCCCACACCCGGUGCCAGCUCAGCGCCAGCUCACAGGGUGAUGAUGUGGCCGUCUGCUCCUCGCAGGACCACGUGCUGACUGGCUGCAGCUUCCACUCCCCUGUGGCUGUGCUGGGUGACGGUGGCAGGCCCGUGCCGGAGCUGGGCAGCAGGCCUGGUGGCUGUGUGAUGAGGCUGGAGGGCACAACUCAUACAUCCUGCUGCCCUGCUGCCCUGCUGGAGUGCCGUGUGAAGGAGCUCACACCCCAGGGCUCUGCAGAGGAGGUGACGGUGUCCUGUGAUGCUGGCUGGACGUUGACAGACUGCAGUGCUCACUCGCAGGGCCGUGGCACCUUGGGGUCCUACGCUGUGGAUGACACCUGUGUUGCAGCCAGCACUCCUGGCAGCCACGCACUUGGGGCUGUCGCCAUUUGUUGCCGGAGCCAGCAGUAGGGAUGGGCUGAGUGCAGUGUUGUACCAGGCCUGGCUGAUGGCAGGGCAUGGCAAUGCUACGGAGCCCAUCACAGCCUGGCUGAGCCCCAGCCCUGGCCCUCAGCAUAGGCAGCUUGCUGGCCCUGCCACCAUUUCUCCACCACAUUCCUGUACAUACAGUGACUGUAUAGGCUGUUCGUGUUACCACUCCAACCUCUAUACCAACAAAGCUCCCUUCUGUCCUUAAGUUUCAGCUAACUGAUGCAGCACAGUUGAGUCUUUUUCAGGUGGCUUGAAAAUUCCCUACUCAGGUACCUGGAAGAUCUCCUUACUUUUCAGCCACUGCAAGGCUCCUAGUUUUAAUUCUACUCAUUUAAUUAGAUUUCAGCUUGCAAUGCUACAGAAUCAGCUGCUGCUCCAUUAGUUGCUGGAGGUAAGGACCUGCUGAUGUUCCACACUGCUGUAACUUCCACAGCUCCAAACAGACCCAGUUGCACCUCCUUAUUGAAAAAAAGAACUGUCUUUUGUGGCACUUCAGUUUGUACAUCUGUACUUUCAAUAUUUAUUUGGACUUUUAUAAACAAACCUUUUUAUGUCUUCUAAGAAUAAAAUUCCUAGAGCAGCACUUAGCAAAUAUGACCCACGCUCUGCUUUCUGUCCAUCCAGGGGUAAAGGUUCCAGGGAAGAGCUGGGACGUGGUCUCUGAGCUCUGCUUAGUUAGUGACACAGCCAAGUUUGUUUUUAAAACAGCAUCGGAAUGCAAGAGCUUCAAGUUGUGGAAACAAAACAUCGCCCAGCUUCAGGAAAUGUGUCCUUGUUGUCAUGAAGUCUGGGUGGCAUGCAGCAAGGUCCGAGCCCAGCAUAAGGUGAGCGCAGCGCUCAGGAAGCAGCAGCUCCCUGUUACUGGAAUAUAUAAUUUGUUUGGCGCUGUGUUGAGGACAGCUUUAAAAAUAAAGCUCGACAGCACAGGUACAGGUGGAUCCGUCAAGCUUUAGGUGCAUUUUCCCCCACUGGAAUGCCUGGUACAGAUAUGAGAAACUCCUCCAGCUUUAGCUGGCACCAGGACACCAGGCAGGAAGCACUGCUUGGAAAGGUUAGAACCAUUUCUAACUCUUUAGGUAAAGAUGGCAAAAGCCCAACCCUAAUCUAAACAUGUAAUUACAUAACACAUGUAGAUAAUCACAGCCCAUAGUUUUAUCAGCUUCAAUCUUCACACACACAGGGAAAAAGAGAGAGGGCUGUUAGCUGAGAGCUUACACAAAGCCCUGACACAGCUGGCAAUUUCCAGCAGACUGCAGGUACUCAUGGGGCCAUAACCACUCCUCCUCCACCGCUCCAGGCAGAAGCCAUGGGGAUGCUCACAUGGCAGUGAGUCCAGCACAGCUCUCAUGGCUCAGUUCACACAUGAGAUCAGUGAAGGGAAAUGAUAUGGGAACAAGAUCAGCCCUUGCUCAGUAUCUGUGUGCAGGUAAGCAGAAAAACUAAUCUUGUUUGUUCUGGGGAUCAAACUGAAAAAAAAAAAAAGCAAGGUAAACCUGAGGGAUCCUGUUACCUAAGGGCACCUGAGGCAGUUUUAUCAGCCCAAGAAGCAGCAGCACAUGUACUUGAUACCCAGCCCUCCUCCAGGAGGGGCACUGCCAGCGGAGGCUGCAGGCUGGGUGAUGCUUGAAACACAAGUCCUUGUGCUUACACGCCCUGAGGCCACUAGCUUUGCUUGCAAAGCAAAGCAGAAAGGUGAUGGGGAUAGCAGCUCUCUGCACUGGGCACCAACAGAUCUGCCCAUCUUGCUAUGAGGCACACAGAAGCCAGUCUAACCCACAACUGCAAGCAGAGCUAGGGUAAAUCAUUCAGAUAAGGUCAGGAAAAGGAAUUGCAGACAGAUACAAUCUGACAGGCACCACAACAUGCCCAGUGUGAGGCUGUGCAGUUGCUUUGGUUUGCUCCUGAUAGGUGCCAGUAAGCUGGGUAACCUCUAAGAGCUCAUUAUCCAGAGGACCAAAUGAAGAACUUUCAAGAGGAUCCACAAGACAACAAGACAGUGUGUUGCACAGUCUAAAGAUUACACUAGUUUUCUGUGAAAGGAAUAACUUUAUUCCAUUGACCAGGAAUCCCAAGACUGUUUAUCAAGACUGCCUAUUUUUCCAGUGCCACACGUUCAUGUAUUAAUUGGACAGUAUCUCCCCAAAUGCUCACAGGCAGGCUGUGGCUGCUUCUCACUGAACAUCAUGUAAGCUGUAUAAAAACAUUUUCAUCCAAAAAGAUUGGCAGUAAAAAUUACAACAUAGAAAUGCAUCACAAUUUACACAAAAACUAGUUUUGUUGAACUCUAUUUUCCAAAAAAAUAAUCUUCAGCAGGUUCAAAUGACAGCAGCUGGAAACCAAAAUAAUUGAUCUUAUUGCAAAUUAUAACCAUCGACUUUGUACAAGCGUGAGCAGAACCAUGAAAAAGUUUGUAUUGGUUUCAAGUAUACAGUGGUGAUGAGCCAUCCUGAUGCAGUUCUCCCAUCAGUGCUUCUCUGGGCAUGCAGUAAUCGAGGACGUUGUUUCCAUAGGAAAUAACAGGAACCUGAAGUGACAAGUGGUGCCAACCCAUAGGAACGUUACCAGCUUCCUCCAUCACCAUCACCGCUGUGUACUGACUGUUUGUGAAGAUUUAUGGCCCAUUACAAAGUAUUGGGGAUGGGGGAAGGAAGAAAGGGGAUCUGUAAGAAACGAUUUAUUCAAAAUUAAUUUAAAACGUCACACAUUUAAAAUGUCCCAGCACAUUAUCAGAAACAUUUAUAAAAUGCUAACUUUGCCACGUGCCUAUGAAGACAUUGUUUGGAAAAAAAAAAAAAAA